AUGGACACCGGAGCUGGACAGAGCGAACUAUGCUUCAGUGCGAUGAUGAAUGAAGUGAAAUGGUUCUUCAGGAACAGAAAGCGCAAUAAAGCGCAGAAGGAGGCUGCAAAAGAUGGGACUACAACAGCACCUGCAGAGCAAAGAGUCAAGGCAGGACGGCCUAAUAAAGCUCGGGGGAUGGAAAGAAAGGCGCAGAACAUGCAGGAUCAGACAGCUGCCUUAGUGUUCACCUGA